AUGUCCGAAAUCAAACCCAUUCAGGUCUGGGGCAAAGGAGGCGCGAACCCGCCCAAAGUAGCCGCUGUGCUUGAAGAACUGGGUCUCCCCUACAGAGUGAUCACCCUUCGGCUGCCGGACGUCAAGAAACCUGCCUACCUGGCCAUCAAUCCCAACGGUCGUCUGCCCGCUAUCCACGACCCGAACACAGACCUGACGCUAUGGGAAUCCGGGGCCAUCGUCGAAUACCUGGUGGAGCGGUACGACGCCGAGCAUCGAUUGGGUUUUCCUCGGGGCUCCAACGAGGCCGCGCAGGCCAAGCAGUGGCUCUUCUUCCAGACCACGGGCCAAGGGCCGUAUUUUGGCCAAGCGGUCUGGUUCAAGAAGUACCAUCCGGACCCCGUCCCCAGCGCGGUGUCGCGGUAUGUCGGCGAGAUCAAUCGAGUGACGGGUGUCCUGGAAGGCCAUUUGGCACGACAGGUGGGCCAAGGGGGAGACGGGCCCUGGCUGGUAGGCGGGCGGUACUCCUAUGCUGAUCUGUCCUUCCUCUCCUGGCAGACUCUCGUGACCUAUGUCAUCCAACCCGAAGACGGCUAUACGGUGGAGGACUAUCCGCACGUCAAGGACUGGCUGGCCCGCAUUUCGGCCCGUCCAGCGGUGAGAAAGGCGAUGGGGGAUGUGGAGCCCCUGAAGUAA